AGUUAACUAUAAGAAACAUGUCAGGGCCCCCACUGAAAUUACACAAACAUUUGUUCCAAGUGUUUCUCUGUAGUGAUGAAGAAAGCUGAGCUGGUGUUUGUCCCUCUCCCGUUCGUAGGCCACAUGGUCUCCAUUUUGGAGUUCGCAAAGCUUCUUGUUGAUCGAGAUGAUCGCAUCUCCGUCACUGUGCUCAUCAUGAAGCUGCCAGUACUUGAGCAUUCCGUGGUGAACAACUACAUCCAUUUGCUUUCUGCUUCAGUUUCUGGGCGGAUUCGGUUUGUCUACCUUCCUCAACUUGAUCCCCCGUUGGCCUCCACUUCCCCCUCCAACUCCAAAGCUUUAUCUCCAACCCAUGUAAUCUGCAGUUUCAUUGAUGACCAGAAACCUCUCGUGAGAGAUGCAGUUAAGCAGCUGACUCAGUCUGCGUCCAUCCGACUUGCCGGGUUUGUGUUUGAUAUGCUUUGCACAUCCAUGGUGGAUGUAGCAGAUGAAUUGGAUGUUCCUUCUUACGUUUUCUUCACGGCCAGCGCGGCAUUUCUUGGUCUCAUGCUGCACCUUCAAGCCCUCCAUGACAACCAGGGAGUGGAUGUUACUGAGUUGGUUGACUCAGAUGCUGAGUUGGUUGUCCCGAGUUUUGUCAACUCCGUUCCUGGUCGAGUCCUGCCUUCUGUGGUGGGGGACAAGCAGGGUGGUGGAUCCACCGCUUUUCUCCGUUGUGUAAGGGGGUUUAAAGGAAUGAAGGGUAUUCUGGUGAAUACAUUUAUGGAGUUAGAAUCUCAUGCGAUUAACUCCUUUGUUGAUGGUACAUCUCCUCCGAUCUAUCCCGUGGGACCGAUGUUAAACCUAAAGCAUAGGGAACAUCUGAACCAUGAUAAUACUAACAAGGAUAUCAUGAAUUGGCUUGAUGAUCAACCUCCAUCGUCUGUGGUAUUCUUAUGCUUUGGAAGUAAUGGGUUCUUUCCUUUGGAUCAGGUCAAAGAGAUAGCACAAGGACUAGAGUGUAGCCGACAUCGCUUCUUGUGGAGCCUUCGUCAACCUCCACCAAAGGGUGAGAUUGCAAUGCCAAGUGAGUACGUGGAUUUUGAAGAAGCUCUACCUCAAGGAUUCUUGGAUCGAACCAUUGGAAUUGGAAAGGUGAUUGGAUGGGCCCCGCAAUUAGAUGUUUUAGCUCACCCAUCAAUUGGGGGGUUUGUAUCUCAUUGUGGAUGGAACUCUAUAUUAGAAAGUCUAUGGUAUGGAGUACCAAUAGCCACAUGGCCGCUAUACUCAGAGCAACAACUCAAUGCAUUUCAGAUGGUAAAAGAGUUAGGAUUGGCGAUUGAGAUUAAAUUAGAUUAUAAGACAGGUGAUAGUCAUCUUGUGAGUGCUAAGGAGAUUGAGAAUGGAAUAAGAAGUUUGAUGAUGAACGAUAGUGAAGUUAGGAGAAGAGCAAAUGAGAUGAAAGAAAAAAGCACAAAUGCUUUGAUUGAUGGUGGAUCUUCACACACUUGCUUAGGACAUCUAAUUGAGGAUAUGAUCACCAACAUCGCAUGAAAACAGUACCAAUGUGAUUCAAAUUAUAUCCAAGGAAUGUACCAUCUUUGAUAUUAAAGUUGUCUGUUUAUGUAGACUA